AGUUUGCUGCAAAACUCACAUAAGCCACACGAGAGAUAACGCCCUACAGUAGCAGAGCGCGCGCCGAUUGAUGCCACAUUCUUUUCUGUCGCUCAUAGAGGAUGACGUACCUUUUGUUUGUCGCGAUUGGUGCAUGCGCCGUUGUGCUGGUUUCUGGAGCCCCAGCUGACGACAAGCAGGUGCACGCCCAAUUCCAGUCAACUGAUUUGAGUGAUGCACUCCUGAGGAGCCUCCUUGAUGAUUUCCUUACAAACUUGGACAGCUGGAAUGUUACUACUUCAGAUUCGGCAAUAAUUAAGCAGCGGAAACACUUAAAGGGAACGCGAGCCUUGAUUGAGGCUCAAGGCUAUCCGGCGGAGGACCAUGUCGUUGUGACAGAAGAUGGCUACAUACUUUCCAUGUUUCGCAUUCCUCGGCCGGAUUGUCCACCUGUGUUCCUGAUGCAUGGUCUUCUUGCUUCGUCUGCCGACUACGUUGUGCUCGGCAAACAUCGCGCUCUGGCAUCAGUACUGUAUGAAGCGGGCUUCGACGUCUGGCUUGGCAAUGCAAGAGGCACAACGGAGUCUCGGCGCCACAAGACGCUCGUACCUGGAGAUGCCAAGUUCUGGGAUUUCAGUUGGCACGAGAUUGGAUCACAGGACCUCCCUGCACUUAUUGACCACGUGCUCAACGCUACAAAUCAGACUUCCCUCCAUUACGUGGGACACUCUCAGGGGACCACGACCUUUUUUGUCAUGGGAAGCGAACGGCAGGAGUAUAUGGCAAAGGUGAAGACUUUUGUCGCAUUAGCUCCAAUCGCCUUUGUGAAUGACAUCCGGUCAAUUCCUGUGCGACUAAUGGCCGUAGCACCCAACGCGCUCGGGGACCUCAUCAGAUUAAUGGGAGCGAAUGAGUUUUUGCCGAACUCUAAGCUAGUGUCCUGGCUUGGGGAUACAUUCUGUGCUGAUGGUGACAUUACUCAACCAUUAUGCUACGACAUCAUGUUUCUGAUUGGUGGUACGGACUCCCAGCAGAUGAAUGCAACUGCUAUACCGGACAUUUUAGCAAACACACCUGCAGGAGCUGCAACGAAACAGUUGAUUCAUUACGGUCAGCUCAUCGCCAAAUGGAGACAGGAAUUCAGGCAGUACGAUCACGGCUGGUUGGGAAACUUAUUCCGCUACCAAUCACUAAGCCCUCCAGAAUACAACCUAAGCAAGAUUUCUGCGACUACGUACUUAUUCACGUCCGACAAUGAUUUGCUGUCGGUGAAAAAGAAUGUUGAAGAACUAGUCCGAAGACUACCCAGCAUUGCACCAGAUGGGGUGAAGAAGGUGCCAUUUCGCAAGUUUAAUCAUCUUGACUAUAUAUUCGGAAAGAACGCCAAGGAACUGGUCUACAACGAUAUUGUGAAAAUAAUUCGCAGACAUGAUAAUAAUAAAAUCCCGGCUUUCUGAAAAGA